GCCAGUUCCGUGGCGUUUCUAAUAGGAUACGACAUGAUAUGACAGGUAGCUUUCAGCUACUUGAGGCCUUCUUUACUAAACACCAGUGUGGGAGGUUUGCGCUGGCGCACCUGAUUUGGGACUUAUGGUGGUCUUCCCACAUUGAUGUGGUGGAUGUUUCUGAUUUGUGGGCUUGGCUCAAGUUCCGCCAAUCAUUCUUUGCUUCGGCUUCGACUGUGACCAUCUUUUUCUUCAGCGACUGGGCGCCGCGACUGGGGGAUUUGGCUCGCAUGACCGCUGACACGACGCAUGAAGUGCACCCUCAGGCUCACUAACAUGGAAGUGGAAAACCCCCUGUUGGUCGAGGAAAGUAGUCUUCCAAGGGGCAUGUUCCACUUCCAUGUGAGUGUGUCAGAGUGUAAUAUAUUCAUAUUCACUGCAGACAGCUUUCGGCUCCCUCCUGUUGUGCCCGCUCCAGCCCAAACAGCCCCAUGGAGUGCUGCAAAGGCGAAGCAAUAGAAAAAGAAGCUCAUGAGUUUGUCCCAGAAAAAGGAGGAGGCCACUCCAUCAGAGUCAGAGUCAUUUGUGAGCUACCAUGGCAUACUCGUGAUUGGCCGGGUGACUUUAUGUUGGCCAUGCUUAUGAAGAAUGAGACUCAGGACAAGACGAUUACGUGCAAACUUUACCGGUCAGAGAAAUAUGACUUUCACAACAGGGCCUAUAUCAAUGACUACCAGCUGCACGAUGAGCUCAAUGUGUACGUGUACAAGGACGCCAACGGGGGCAUCGAAGACGGCUAUGUCGAAAAGAUCCCCGUUCCGGACACCACGUUCCAGGAGGUUUUGACACCUGAGUUGAUGGGUGCCGAUGGCGACAAGCAUGAUGUGAUGGUUGUAUGUACUGUCAAGAUUAAAUUUAGUGCAUACGAAUGGAUGAGGGAGAUCAGCGCAUCCGCGCAGCUCAUUGACAAGGGAGCUGAGCUGUAUGUUCCCGGAAGUCCGCUGCUGGAGGGUUGACGGCUGUUCCAAUUCAAACAGUGGGAGUUCUGGUGGACGAUUCACAGGCAAAACGUUUGUGUUUCUGUCCUUGAACACCACAGGUGUACAGAUACAUCCAGGAUCCGACGACUCUUGAGACCAUCUCAGUGAGCCAGCUGGGCCCGAUAAUUGCCAGUCUGACC